UACGAUGUCUCCCCAUCCGUAGUCCAGCGAUUCAGGACGCUGCUGGAGAAGCUCUCCAACAGAGAUUUGGCAGUUUGCAAAUAGGUGUAACCAACCCAUGAUGAGAAGAGCUUACAAGGGCCCAUUUGGCACAUAUCAGCAAGUAAACAUUAGGGAACAUUGUUUGAAUUCAAACACAGACUUAUUUCUGUUGUGAGGAAGAGAAACUUCAGUUGCUGUCAGUGAGGAGAAAUGGCGCAGCGAGGAUAUCUCCUGGACCAUGAGAAAUUCUGCUGUUCCAUCUGUCUGGAUGUACUGCAGGAUCCGGUGACUACUCCCUGUGGACACAGCUACUGCAUGAACUGUAUUAAAACCCACUGGGAUGAAGAGGAGGAGAAGAAAAUCCACAGCUGUCCUCAGUGUAGGCAGACCUUCACACCGAGGCCUGUCCUGGGGAAAAACACCAUGUUAGCAGUUUUAGUGGAGGAACUGAAGAAGACUGGACUCCAAGCUGCUCCUGCUGAUCACUGCUAUGCUGGACCUGAAGAUGUGGCCUGUGAUGUCUGCACUGGGAGAAAACUGAAAGCCCUCAAGUCCUGUCUGCUCUGUCUGGUCUCUUACUGUGAGAAACACCUGCAGCCUCACUUUGAAUCUCCUGCCUUUGAGAAACACAAGCUGGUGGAGCCCCUCAAGAAGCUCCAGGAGAACAUCUGCUCUCGUCAUGAUGAGGUGAUGAAGAUGUUCUGCCGUACUGAUCAGCAGAGUAUCUGUUAUCUCUGCUCUGUGGAUGAACAUAAAGGCCACGACACAGUCUCAGCUGCAGCAGAAAGGACCGAGAGGCAGAGACAGCUCGAGGUGAGUCGACAAAACAUCCAGCAGAGAAUCCAGGACAGAGAGAAAGAUGUGAAGGUGCUUCAACAGAAGGUGGAGGCUAUCAAUCGCUCUGCUGAUGAAGCAGUGGAGGACAGUGAGAAGAUCUUCACCGAGCUGAUCCGUCUCAUGGAGAAAAGACGCUCUGAUGUGAAGCAGCAGGUCAGAUCCCAGCAGGAAACUGAAGUGAGUCGAGUCAAAGAGCUUCAGGAGAAGCUGGAGCAGGCUGCUCCUGCUGAUCACUGCUAUGCUGGACCUGAAGAUGUGGCCUGUGAUGUCUGCACUGGGAGAAAACUGAAAGCCCUCAAGUCCUGUCUGCUCUGUCUGGUCUCUUACUGUGAGAAACACCUGCAGCCUCACUUUGAAUCUCCUGCCUUUGAGAAACACAAGCUGGUGGAGCCCCUCAAGAAGCUCCAGGAGAACAUCUGCUCUCGUCAUGAUGAGGUGAUGAAGAUGUUCUGCCGUACUGAUCAGCAGAGUAUCUGUUAUCUCUGCUCUGUGGAUGAACAUAAAGGCCACGACACAGUCUCAGCUGCAGCAGAAAGGACCGAGAGGCAGAGACAGCUCGAGGUGAGUCGACAAAACAUCCAGCAGAGAAUCCAGGACAGAGAGAAAGAUGUGAAGGUGCUUCAACAGAAGGUGGAGGCUAUCAAUCGCUCUGCUGAUGAAGCAGUGGAGGACAGUGAGAAGAUCUUCACCGAGCUGAUCCGUCUCAUGGAGAAAAGACGCUCUGAUGUGAAGCAGCAGGUCAGAUCCCAGCAGGAAACUGAAGUGAGUCGAGUCAAAGAGCUUCAGGAGAAGCUGGAGCAGGAGAUCACUGAGCUGAAGAGGAAAGACGCUGAGCUGAAGCAGCUCUCACACACAGAGGAUCACAACCGGUUUCUACACAACUACCCCUCAGUGUCAGCACUCAGUGAAUCUACAGACUCAUCCAGCAUCAACAUCCGUCCUCUGCGCUACUUUGAAGAUGUGACAGCGGCUGUGUCAGAAGUCAGAGACAAACUACAGGACGCUCUGAGUGAGAAAUGGACAGACAUCUCACUGACAGGGAGAAAAGUGGAUGUUUUACUGCCACAGCAACUGAGGACCAGAGAGGAAUUCUUACAGUAUGCAUGUCAAAUCACACUGGAUAUAAACACAGCACACCCAUGGAUGAUGUUAUCUAAGGGGAACCGUAAAGUAACACAUAUGAGAAAUGACUAUUUCUCGCAUUAUGAUUCCUCAACUAAAUUCAUUCACAAUGCUCAGGUCCUGAGUAGAGAGAGUCUGACUGGAUGUUGUUACUGGGAGGUGGAGUGGGAUGCACUUGUCACAAUAGCUGUUGCAUACAAGGAUAUAAGCAGAUCAGGGAGUUAUAAAGAAUGUGCAUUUGGACACAAUGCAAAGUCUUGGGCAUUAUAUUGUCUUGCUAAAUAUGAAUUUAGACAUAACGAUAUCAAUACCCCAAUCUCAGGUAAGCGGUCCCACAAAGUAGGAGUGUUCCUGGAUCACAAGGCAGGUACUCUGUCCUUUUACAACGUGGAUGAAACCAUGACUCUCCUCCACAGAAUUCAGACCACAUUCACUCAGCCUCUCUAUGCUGGACUUGGUCUUCAUUUUUCUGGAGGAGACAAUGCCGAGUUGUGCGAGCUGAAGUAGACAGGACUUUGUCAGUGGCAGUGGGUUCGAUUCUGUGUUUUGAUUUUGAAUUUUGUUGUUUGCUUCAUGUUCCUGUGUUGCAUGUCUAUUAAGUUGUGUUGUCGCCAUUGUACUUUCUGUUGAGAUUUGAGUUUCUGUAGAUGGCACACCCAUGAUGGCAAUUACUGUCAUAAAUGUAAUGCAAUACUGAA